GAAGGGAAGGCAGCACAACCGACGGCAGUAACAGUUACGACUUGAUACUUAGCAUUAGCUCAGAAGCAAGAAGCAGCACCAGUGCAGUUCAAACGAAUUUCAUCUCACAAUGUCAGCCCUCGGUCCAGAAGGCUCUGGCGCAGCGUCAGGCAACAAGCGCUUGCAGCAGACCCAGGCGCAGGUGGAUGAGGUGGUGGAUAUUAUGCGUGUUAAUGUGGACAAAGUGCUGGAGCGUGAUCAAAAGCUGUCUGAACUGGAUGACAGAGCAGACGCACUGCAAGCUGGAGCCUCCCAGUUUGAGACCAGUGCCGCUAAACUGAAAAGGAAAUACUGGUGGAAGAACUGCAAGAUGUGGGCCAUCCUGAUAGCUGUCAUAUUGAUCAUUAUCGUCAUCAUUAUUAUUUGGAAUAAAUCGUAAAGCAGCGACGGGACGGAGGAGUGGAGGAAACAAUGAAGAAGAAGAAGAGAGUAGCAAUGUGCAUAAUUAAUGUCUCAGAAGAAGAGGUCACAUGAUCACUGGCUACUGAGCUACACAACAUUUUUCACCUCCUGUAUGGGGUCUUCAUUCCUUGUCCUGGAUUGCCGUGUGCGUGCGUGCGUGCGUGUGUGUGUACGUACACACAUGUGCCUCAGUAAAGGAUUGUCAUAAUACCAGAAUUUUACCCUGCAUUACUACACCAUACCAGACAUCACUAAAUGCUUAUUAGAGUGCCAUGCCAAAGACAACAGAUGAUAAAUACAGUCAAAACUCAACUAAAACCUAUAAAAAGCACAUACAUACACACAUAUUCCAACCUCAGGACUAGAAGUGAAGAAUAUUGUUGUAAACUCUCCUCAACUUAUAUUUACUUUUUUAUGUUUUACUGUAUUAAUAUCCAUUGAUUUUGUGUGCCGGGCUAAGAUAAGUGCCUUAGACAAUAUGCUGUUCUGUGUUAGGUUAGAUUGUAACAGUAAUCAUACAGAAGAGAUACCCGUUUCCAACGUACACACAUUUUUACUUUUUGGAGUUUAAUGUCAAUAUUUCAAUAUUUAAUAAUUUACCCUCAUUUAAAAAAAAUCGGUUGCUUGCUUUUCAAAUUCCAGUUACAAAUGAAAUAGUGUGAUUCAAUGCCUUAAUUCAUUUAUGCACGUGUUAACUGAGUUCUCUGUAUAAUAUCUUAAAUUUAGGAUUGAAUGAAGGUCACUCAACAAAAAAAAAAAAAACUAUCCAGUAACACGCUGCUGGACCAUCUGAUAUACUACCUGUCCCUGUCCAUCUCCUUUUGAGAUGGAUAAGGUAUAAACUAGUAUGGGCUUGCAUUUAGAAAAGUGCCUAUAUUCUAAAACCAACAACCGCAAAGUCUGACAAAGGUUAGAGAAACUGCCAUAAAGUGUAAAAAAAACAAAAAAAAAAAAAACAAAAAAAAAAAACAAAAGUGCUACACUGGGUCUAAGAAGUGGGGAGUUGUCUCAAUCAGGUUCUCCAGGAUAUGCCAGAAAGUUUUUCUCUGAAAUAUUCAAGCGCAACAAAGUAAGAACAUUUAGUUUUAGACAGAUGCCUUAAUCCGUUUCUCCAAUGGAGAGCAGCCAACAAUACAGCCAUACCUUAUUGACCAUAUUAACCAGCCAGUUGAAGAGUAGUAUUUUCUGGAUGCUCUGUCCAAACAAAUACUGUGCUGCUUGCAUUAAUCUGCUGAGCUAAUUAAUAAGUCUUCUGUUCAGUCACACUGGCAUUUAUCCAAUCCCAAAUGCAAAUUGCUCCUCGUGUGAUAUUUUAGUUUUAUUAUCUUGCUAACAUUAAAUUUUUUUGAGCAUUGUUAUUAUAUGUAGAACUAAUCUUGCUGCUCAGCUCUCUGCUGCUGAGCAUCAUGGGUGUUGAGUGAGUGUGGAGAAAAACAAUCCAGUUUUGGGUGUUGGGCAACACCAAUAUUGGAUGAUUGCUUUCCCUGCUGUUGCUUCAGUCUUAUUAAAAGAAGCAUGUUUUAAUUAGGCAAACAAGUUGGGAUUGCUUUGUACAUUCAUUUAAUUGUGUCUGGCAUUUCAUCCAAUCAGAACUGUUGUUGCAUUUUUCAGUAGUGGAUGAUACAUUAGUAAUUGAAAUGAACACUAACACAGGUAUGUGCUCUUUAGACAUUUUUACAGUAUAUAGAUGUAGACAUGAAGGAAAUUGUGUAAUAUUUAUCAGAGGCCAUUGAAAAUUCUUUUACAUACCAGCCUUUUAUCACAGAUGUAUGGAACUGUCAUCAUCCUCUCCUGUCUACACCACAAAUUUGAGGCCAAAUUACUUACAAAUAAGUGCAAUUCUACUCUUUUGCCCAAUAUGCCUUUUGCUUGAAUAAAAGAUUUAACUUAAAUCACGAAA